UGAAAUUAUUUGCCAAGAUUCAAACUCACGAAAACGUAAAUGUUAAUAAUUAAUGAGUUUUCUCAUGGUGCGUAAAUACCAACUCUCCAAGACACUUGCAGAUAUUAACAUUCUGAUUUGAUAUGUUGUAAAUUAAACAACGUCUUCAUGCUAGUUGUACAGAUAUUGGUAUAAACUCCAGUGCAUAACCCGGGUUUAUCAAGGUGGCGGCAGCGUGGUGCGGGACAGCAGACGAGAGUCACAGCACCAUGAAGAGGAAACUACAAAUUAUAGUGGGAACUAAUGAAGAAUUUGUCCUGGGUUAUGAUGUUACCCACAAGGAGGACAGGAGGGUAUCCCUGCACCAGAUCUUUGCUGACCACUCCCACAAUGGGAGUGUACGGCAGGUUGCUGUUGGAGGAAAGAUCCUUGCAUCUGGUGCUGCAGAUGAAAUGAUCAGAGUAUUUAAUCUUGCAACUCGCACUGAGGUUGGGAUCAUCAUGGAACACCAAGGAACCAUUUCCAGCUUGAGCUUCCAUGGGGCAACUCAUCUUUUUUCUGCGGCAGAGGAUGGAAAUAUUUGCAUUUAUAAACAAGGAAAGUGGCAGUGUGAGAAAACGCUGCGUGGCCACCGUGGGGGUGUGGUGGACCUGGCGGUGCAUCCCUCAGGCAAGAUGGCACUAUCUAUUGGACGAGACAACACCCUGCGCACUUGGAACCUCAUCAAGGGUAGGAAGGCAUACAUCACCAAGCUCAAAGGAGCUGCUGAUUCUGUUCAUUGGAGUCCAAAGGGAAUGCAGUACCUCAUUGUGAAGGGAAGUUGUGUUGACAUCUAUGAAGUUGCCACUGGCCAUGUGGAACACUCCAUUGAUUUUAAGGAACAUAUUUCUGCUCUAACAUUUGUUACGGAUGACAUCAUAGCUGUUGGUGGUGAAGGAAAAAACAUCUGCCUUUAUGACAUAGCUACCAAGAUAGAAAUGGGACAAUGGACAGCCCAUGCUUCCCGUGUCAAGUGUUUGUGCACCCUGCCUGGUAUAGCUGCAGAGGAACUCUGGCUUGUAUCAGCUUCUUCAGAUGGUAUUAUAAAAGUCUGGAGUCUGGAGUUGCUGUCUCUCUGCUCAGAGCCAAAACUUCUUGGUGAGGUGAACACAACAUGUCGCAUAAUUUGCAUGGAUGUUUACCUACCACCUUACACACCUGCUCUGGACACAGACCCUGCUGGCUUAGAUGAAUUUGCAAGUUCAGAAGAAGAGAAAGAAAUCAAGGAAGAGGAGGAAGAUGAGGGCAAAGACAAGGAGGAGGAGGAGGAGGACAAGAAGCAGCAGUAUGAGGAGAUAAAAAAGAAAGCAGAAUUUAACUUAAAGUUGGAAAGGAAAAAACAUAAAAGUUCUCAAGGUCUUAGCAGCAAAACCAAGAAAAUAAAAUUUAAGUAGUUUUUAUGUAAUAAAAGUAUCUUUAUAAGA